AUGGCACAACACGUGCCUCAUCAGGCGAAGGACAAGAGGCGCGUCAAGGUUUACGAACUGCGCAAUAAUGACUGGUUUGACCGAGGCACCGGCUUUUGCACUGCGACCUACACACAGUCCGAGGACGGCCAAUGUCGUGAUGCCCGGGUUAUGGUUGAAUCUGAAGAUGAGCCCGAGCGCCUUCUCCUUGAUACCGGCGUCUGUAGGGAAGACGGGUUUCAAAAACAGAGAGGCAAGUCUUCGCAUCCCUUCUUGCGCGCUUUUGCCGUCAACACACUUAUCGUCUGGACUGAACCUAAUAGCGGUCUGGACAUGGCUCUCAGUUUUCAGGAGCCUGAAGGCUGCGCUAUGAUCUGGAAAUUUGUGAAUAGCGUUCAGCAGUCUGUCCAGAAUGGACAUGGCGCCGCUGACGACAGCUUGUCCGAUGACCUCACCAUGGACCUGACAACGGCAGUCUCGCUUCCCGCCGUCGAAUUGGGAAACCUCAACGACAUUGAUACGAGGUUAAGGCUCGUGAGUUCGACAGGUGCCGGGAGGGACGCCCUUGCCAAGUACAUCCUCAAGGAGGACUACAUUCGAAAAAUGAUGCCCCUCGUCGAGACGUCGGAGGAUUUUGAAAGCCUUCCCGAUCUUCAUCGGCUUUGCACCAUUAUGAAGACGGUCAUCUUGCUCAACGACCCCGCCCUCAUCGAACACUUGGUAUCGGAUGAGUGCAUCGAUGCGGUCGUGGGCGCGCUCGAAUACGAUCCGGACUUUCCGAGCCACAAGGCAAACCAUAGGGCGUGGCUGAAUGGGCAGGGUCGAUUCAAAGAAGUUGUUCCCAUUGAAGAUGAGCACAUUCGGCACAAGAUUCACCAAACAUACCGACUCCAGUAUCUUAAAGACGUUGUACUGGCGCGCAUCCUCGACGAUCCCACGUUUUCCGUCCUCAACUCCCUCAUCUUCUUCAACCAGGUCGAGAUUGUCCAACACCUCCAGGCCAAUUCGUCCUUUCUCAACGAUCUCUUUGGCAUAUUUAAGUCGCCGGAACAAGACCCGAAGCAGAAGAAGGAUGCGGUGCUCUUCAUCCAGCAGUGCUGCGCCAUAGCUAAGAACCUUCAGCCGCCCGCGCGCCAAGCCUUGUACAACAACUUCCUCGCCCACGGACUUCUCCAAAUCAUCAACUUUGGUCUUCGCCACCCCGAUGUGGGGGUAAGGGUUGGUGCUACGGACAUACUCGUUUCCCUCAUCGACCACGACCCACAGAUGAUUCGCACAACCAUAUACCGACAGCUAAGCGAUAGCCAGCCGCCCCUAACGGAUUCGCUCAUCGAGCUCCUUCUGGUGGAGGUGGACUUGGGCGUCAAGUCACAGAUAUCGGACGCGCUCAAGGUGCUCUUGGACGGAAUCCCAGUUAGCCAGGUCCCAGAUAGCAUUGCCAGGGCUACGGGAGACUUUGCGGGUGCUGGGCGGAGGGCGAUCGACCACAAUCCGCAGCAGGAGCUCUUCCUAGCCCGCUUCUACGAAACCUCGGCAGCAAAACUGUUCAAACCUCUGAUCGACCUCAAGAACAAGACUAAGCUUUCCUUCACAACGCAGCAAGCAUCCAUGUUUUCGUACUUGAUUGAGAUACUAUGCUUCUUCAUCCGCCAACACUAUCACCGCAGCAAGAAUUUCGUGCUCCAAGAAAAUCUUUCUCAAAGGGUUUUGCAACUCCUCCAAACCGACGAGAAGUAUCUCAGACUAGUUGCGAUCCGCUUCUUCCGUCAGCUACUGGGGCUGCAGGACGUCUUUUACGUCAAGCACUUGAUUGACAAAGAUGUGUUUGGGCCCAUUCUCGACAUUCUUAUAUCGGUGAUGCCGCGAGAUAAUCUCCUCGGCUCGGCGUGCUUGGAGUUUUUCGAGUUCAUCAAGAAGGAGAGCAUGAGGGAUCUCGUGAAGCAUCUUGUUCAGAACUACCGACCGCAGCUCGUCACGCUGAGCAGCCUAGACACCUUCCGCGACAUGAUAAUACGCUACGACCAAACGCAAGGCUUUACCACGGGGGCGGACUUUUUGCUGGACACGCAAGAGGACGUGGCCCGCCGGCCACCUGCCCAUGCGAGACUUAUGGAGCAGCUCCAAGACCCGACCGAGGAGGCGUACUGGAACGAGGACGAAGAUGAAGAACAACAGGUUGGGGCCACGCAAACCAAGGCGCCCAUCCCGAAUGGGACCUCGCCCUCAACAAAACUAGUCGACUACCUCUCCGACGGCGACGAGGAAGAAAUGGAGGAGGGAGCCGGUGCAGCAGCAGGUGCAGCUUCUACAACGAGCACAGAAACGACGGGCAAAGAAGACGCGACGCCAGCGGUGGAUCCCGUCGAUGCAAAGAAGGAAGACGAGGUAGCAGUGAAUGGGCUAGACAAGAUGGAAGCAGUGACGGACGACGUAGGCGAGAUUGAUGGGGCGUCUGAUGCUGGUUCUGUUGUCAGCGAAGCGGUAUCGGAAACAUCGACGACUUCGGCGCCACCCAACAAGAGGCGACGCGACGAAGACGAGGAUGAUGACGAGAUCGGGAAGCUGAUGCAAAACAAGCGGCGUAAUAGCAAGUCGACGGCCACCAACUCGGCAGCGCAGUCCUUACUCAAGAAAAGCAGAGCUUCACCAACAGCACAAGCUUUCACUUCCGGGCUCCGGGUUGCGGGCCAAGGGAGAGACGGAGAUCGCAUCAGCCACUCUCCUUCCGGUCUUCCUCGCCUGCUCGGCCAGAUGUCGUCGCCGCUUACGUCAAACGAGUUUUGCGGUCUCACUACCCGCCGAGCAAGGCGGGCAAGCCGGAAGAGCGCCCGGAUCUGCGCAAGCCCCCAUCUUGUUCGUGAACCGGGCGAGCUUCGAGGCCCUCGAGCGGGCGUACGGCACCCCGGUGGCGUCGUGCACGUGCGCGUCGAGAGGCUCCAGGACGGGGAUGAUGCCGCUGCCGGCGCGCUGCCACGCGGGGAAGGUGGCGCGGCGCUUGCGAGGACGGUGACGCCGCUGGUCAGGCAGGCGGCCGUCAUGGCUUCGGCGCAGGAGAUGAAGGCCGACGUGGUCAAGAUGACGAGGGUGUUUAUGGAGGCUGUGGGCUUCCACACGGGAGAUUUAGUGAGGAUCACGGCGGGCAAGGCUGUGGCGGCGGAUAAGGGCGCGGACAAGGUCGUCGUGGAGGACGUGACCAAGCAAGGGACUAGCGAACCGAUUUUAUAUGUUCUCCAGAGCUGGGAGAGGACAUUUUGGGAGCUUGGUAUACGGGAGUUUCUACUAAAAAGAGCCAGCUAUGUCUUUCCCAAUGCCAUUUUUGAGCUCAAGCUCGUGACGACGAGCCGGCAGUUCAAGGUUCUCUCGGUCAACUCACGGACCGACAACCUCGCGCGGAUCCAGCAAUCGACCGUCGUCGAAAUCGCGCACGCCGGGCUGGUGCCGGGCGACACAUCGCAGGGCAGCGGCGCGGGCAUUAGCCGGGACCUCGUCGUAUCGGGCGUACCCGGUCUCGGGCGGCAGAUGGAAGCGCUCAACGACUUUUUCGCGGACCUGCAGUCGUCCAUCCCCGCGCUCUCCUCGCUCGACGCCCGGUGGAGGUCGUGCGCCGUAGUCGUGCACGGGGGCCGGGGCACGGGCAAGACGUUUGUGCUAGACAGCAUCGCGCGCGCGUGCGAGGGCAAGCUCAAGGUCCUGCGGAUGGGCAAGGGGACCCCUCCCAGCGCGCUGAGCGGGAUCCUCGUCGAGGCGGAGGCGGACCAGCCGUCCGUGGUCCUGCUCGACGACCUCGACGCCGUGCUGGACGCGAGCCAAAGGACGUCGCCCCAACUCGCCGGCGUGCUCGCGUUCAGCCUGGACAAGUUCGCCGCCGACGCCGCCCUCUCCGGAAAGGCGCCCGUCAUGAUCGUGGCCUCGUGCAAGGACUACUUUGCCCUACCGCACGAACUGCGUAGACUCAAGCGCUUUGUCAAGGCCGUCGCCUUACCUAUUCCCGACGUCCCCAGCAAGGUGGACAUCCUUCGGUCCUUCCGCAUCCCCAUCCCCGAGGAUGUCCGGGACGAGAUCCUCCUCGACAUCGCCAAGAGGAGCUACGCUUUCAACCCCGAGGACCUCGAGAGGCUGGCGUCUACCGCCGUCGACGCCGCCGUCCGCCGCCUUAGGAUGGACGUCCGGAGCGGAGCCAAGGACCCCGCGGCCCCCUGA